AUGGGACUGCUAUCACCACCAGACUCCCCAUUUGCACCUCCCUCAUUCCUGUACCAACUCAUCUUCCACCCACUAACGACAUGCUUCACCUUUUUCCACCACCUCUUCGUCUACCUGCGGGGCCCGUCAUACGUCCGGCCCAAGAACAGAAUUCCCAUACGAGUCGUCUGCAUAUCCGACACCCACUCCAAGAUUCCUCCCAAAGCCCUCCCGAAAGGCGACCUCCUCAUCCACUGCGGCGACCUCACCGAUAAAGGCACCCUCUCAUCAAUACAACAAUCAAUAGACUGGCUCAAGACCCUGCAGAAACCAUGGUACGGCUCCUCAGAUGGCUUCCGGUAUAUUAUCGUAGUAGCCGGCAAUCACGACAGCUACUUCGACGAGCGCAGCCGCAGUGCCCACGACAAAAGAAACGGAGGACGCAAACUCGACUGGGGCAAGAUCAUAUACCUACAACACUCAGCGGUGACCCUCCCAUUCCCCGACGACCGACGCCUGAAAGUCUACGGCGCCCCUCACAUCCCCAAGUGCGGCGGUAAAGAAUUCGCAUUCCAGUAUAACAGAGGCCAAGACGCCUGGACGGACACCGUACCGGACGACGUCGAUGUGCUAGUCACGCAUAACCCGCCCAAAUGGCACCUCGAUCUUCCCGAAAGCGGCGGCCUGGGCGACGAGUUCGAACUACAGGAGGUCUGGCGCGUGAAGCCCACCUUACAUGCUUUCGGCCACGUUCACUCCGGUCACGGUAAAGAGGCAGUGUGGUGGGACGACAGCCAGAAAUUCUUUGAAGAAUUCCUCCAAACCGCAUACAAAAAGCCUGCUGCCACUCCGGCUAGUCACCGUAUACCGUUGACCGAGCUGGUCGACAUUCCGCUCUGGACGCUAGGGAUCCAAGCCCUUGUCGCGGACAUAAGAGCACUGCUUUGGACGAGGCUAUGGGGCGGCGCCAGGCAGGGGGGCUAUAUGAUCAACGCAGCGCUGACCUACCAGACCACAGAGAGGCUGUACAACAAGCCCCAAACGGUCAUCUUAUAA